AUGAAUAGCACAUUCUCAUUAUGGCUAAAAUGGGCACUCCUACUAAUAAGCACACUGAUAAGUAAUGGCGCAAAAAUACAUACUAAGAGAAAAAAAAUUAUGUUCCCCUCUUUUACACAAAAUGGUUGGUCGACAAGAGGUAGAGACAAUCACUUUGCUUUACACACGUUGGUGCACACACGCAAAAAUGCCUUUCAUUUGUUCAAAAAGAAAGACACCCAGUUGACAUUAUCCCAGGAGGAUAACAUAGGUAAAGAAAAUGGCUCCUUAAAUUGCCUAAACGAAUUGAUAGAAUCCGUGUUACAUAAGAAAUAUGAAUAUAAGGACAGCCUCCAGGAGCCCAUUUUUACCAUCUCCCAUUUGGCUAGCCAUUUUAUGAACAACUCAGUAAAUUUACAAAAUGUAGAAUUUGAUGAACAAAACAGGGAUGAAUAUACCUAUGAGAAAAAUAGAAUUGGCGAUUUUCUCGCAGAUAACAACAUACAGGUUGGUAACAAUUUGGGACAGCUUCCGCACAUCGGUACGAAUGUUCCACCGAAUAAAGAUCCAUCCAGUGAGAGCAUCAAAAGGGACACCAUUCAUGACAGCCAAAGUAGUGGUAACGAAAAUGACCUCAAUCAUGAAAACAAAAUCCUCUGUUUGACGGCGAAAAAUAAAAUUAAGAAGGAAGGGGUCAUAUGCAGCAUACCCAGCUCGUAUAUAAUUCACUUUGACUACAUCGUUAAGCAAAUUCGGAAAUACGUGGACCUUUUUUCCAGCACUUAUAACGUAAACUAUAUAAAAUACAUUUUUAAAAACAACAUGGAAGAUGAGAUAAAAAAACUAACACCCCUUACCAUCUUACUGUAUGACAUUUAUAAAAGGCACGUCCACUUUUUAUCUUUCCUGAAGUCACCACAUAUCUUUUUAAAAUUCUGGGACGUGAAAUUAACAUUGAUAAUAACAUAUCUUCACUUCGUUUCUAAAUAUAUAACUAUUCUGCUUCAUGCAUAUAAUUUUAACAACACUUUUUUUGUUCUCCUGGGGAAUUAUUUCUUCAACGGGGAGAAGCAAAAUGGGAUAACUGGCAAAGAUGCGAUGCACACGGAGGGCCAAAACAAUGAUGACCCAAAUGACGCACCAAAGGAUAGCCUCCCUUGUAACGCUAACACAGAAGAGAAACUACGCCAUCCACACCACACACACAUAGACCAAACAAAGUGCACUCUUACCCAAAAAACAAAUGACACACUUAAAGAGAAGACCAAUUUUUUCUUCUAUAAAAAUUACGAACAUUACAUCAACUAUAUUGUUAAUAAGAAACAGCUGUCCCAUUUGCCUCUACUCUUCUCAGACUCCUCUUUUCAUCUUUUCAAUAACAUGAAUAUGAAAAAUAUAAUUUAUUUUAGGAGGCACAUGCUUCACGACAUAUUAAAUUUAAUUAAAGAGGACGAACAUGGCGACUCCAACUUUUUAUUCAUUGACAAAAAUUCUAUACACAGAAUUUUAUUCACUAAUAAUAAGUAUUACCAAUCCAUUGAGAAAUUCCUAACCUGUGCUGACAACCCCCCUUGGGAUGAGAAACGAGAAUCUCGCCACGACACUUCUCUUGACCGUACGGCAGAUAUUAACAGGUUGUAUCACUUCGCUUUGCUCGUGGAGGAGGGCAACUCAAAUGGACAAGGCACAAACCCAAACGGGGUACCAACGCCCAGCAAAGUAACUGAAUCCCUGGACGAGGCUAUCCAUUCCAUUGUGUACAAAGAAUCUCUAUUCGAAUCGUUCGACCAUUUCGUCAAUUACAACUUCCUGAUGCGAAUAUAUUCGUACGUCUCCUCACAUGUCAUAAAAGUGAAGGGCAACGUAACUCUAAAUGGGGAUAAUACAACAGAGGGGGGGGAUAAAAUAAAACACAGCCAAAAUAACCCAAACCACAGCGACGAAUAUCAACUGAAGGAUAACGUCCUAAGCAGCAACGUCAAAAUGGAAAAUGUGGAGAAAGCAAUCCAUCAGCUCACCGUAGAGGAAUGCGCAAAGCAUGAUUUUAACCAGUAUGAGAAAGCCGAAAGGGAGGAAGAAAACAAAUACAUGUGUCUAAUACCAAUCAUAGACAUCUGUAACCAUAGCAAUUUCGCCACCAACUGUGUUAUCAAAAAGGAAAUGAAAAAAAGACCAGAAGAUAAGUUUCAUAUGGUGGGAGAUUUCAAGAUGGAUUCCCAUUCUGGGGAUGGCCCCAAUGGAGAGAACAAAAUGAAGGACAUUUCUAACGAGACCAACAUGGAGUAUAUGUCAAAAGAAGCUGAUAAUCAGGAAGAGGAACUACCAAUUUGUAAUUUAGAUAAUGUCCAAUUAAUCAGCUCGAAGGAUAUAGACAAAGGAGAUGAAAUCACCAUAAGUUACGGCAACCUGAGCAAUGACCUUCUACUCUUAGAAUACGGAUUUGUUGAUAAGCAAAGCACAAAAGUGUACUUCCAUUUUGAUGUGAAAAUUGUAAGAGAAAUAAUUAUACAAAUAUUAGGGUUUGAUAUGUUACCCCUAACCAUGUUAGAAAGUCUACCACAGGUUAAGGUGAAUUUAUUUAAACAGCUUAAUGUUAUCCAGAACAAUGAGAAUAUGUAUGAACGAUUUGAUAUAAACAAUAUGGAGAGCGCAAAAAUUAUAAGAAAAAAAAAGGAAAUACUAAACGAUUACGUAAGAAAAAAUAAAUAUUUCAACGAGUACAACAUCUUUACCCUGAAAGAUCGCAUUAACAAAUUUUACAUCGAAGAAAAACUCCAACAUUCGCAUAAGAAAAAUUAUCUCUACAUAGGCACAGAAUUUAUUGUAGACCCGAUCCUACUUGCCUCAAUCCGAGUUAUCAUAUAUGACGACUUAAACCACCUCGCCAAGGUAAAGGUAACAGACUUGAUGAAAUGGGAACAUCACUUAUCACCUCUAUCCGAAGUAGUCAUGUUGCAAAUUUUAAUCAAAUUAAUCGAUGAAAUUAUAUAUGAACAAUUCUACCAUAUCAAUUAUGAAGAAAUAUUAAAGAAGGGAAAGCUACCAUACGCCGAUUUGAAAUUUUUACAGAAUAAAUUUCUCCAAAAAGAUUUAUUCAACUCGGAGAAAUACAUAGACGUAUCGCACAGUAACAACUUUAAAAUCGUUAUUUAUAAUAUUAUGAAGCUGAAGGAGUUGCAAAAUGCGAAGAAAAAACUUACAGAAAAGUUGAAGCACAUGAAGGAACUCAUAAAGAUCUAA